GUGCAGUUGAGUGAAGUGAGCCAGGAGUGAGUGAAGCGACAGUGCGGAGGUGACGGCGGAGAAUGGAGAGGAGCUCGUCCGCCCGGCGAGCUUUGACCGCGGCGAGCGAGGAGAACCCACUCGGCUCUUUCCUUCAGGAGCCAGCCUGCUGAAAGAAACCGAGAGGAAUUAACUGGGGGCAAAGGAAAGGAAUGGCUGAUCCUCUGCGGAGGACUUUACUAGCGAAACUCCGGGGGAAGAAAUCCAAGAAAGGAGCGACGGUCGGCGGUGGAUACGGCUCUGCUGCUGCUGCUGCGGCGGCGGCGGCGAAUGGGGGCCGAGAAGGUAAAGAAAAAGUUUUGCAGCCAGACUCCGACGAGGCUCGUCCGGUAGUCUUGCUCGCAGAGCUGGAUUGCACGACAGAGAGAAUGAGUACGUACGAGAAUUGUGUUGACGGGGCGAUGGUGCAAACAGGGGGGGUUGUUAUAGUCCGGGGGAGCCGAGCAGCGGAGUUGGCCGGCGCACGUCCCCAGGAGCCGAGCAGCGGGGGUAGGGUUCGGGUUAAUGAGGAGCUCCUGGGGGUCUCACUUCAAAGAGACGUGCAGUUUGGGGGGCAUGGUGUGUUUAGGGGAGCAGAUAGGAGCCACCAGGGGCCCAGAUCCGCUGACAGAAUCACGUUAUCGGCGGAGGUCCCGCUCGGAGGACCGCAUGUCCAGAGAAAACACUUCGUCGCGGUCUCGCGGCAGCGCAGCGUCGGGGAUUCAAUCGGGUUUGGGGACAAUUCAAAUCACGUUUUGUCCUGCGCACCGGUAGAGCCGCACACCGGGGUCUGUAAGCCGCCAGAGGGCCGGGUUACUACCGCUGAUAGUGAGCCUCUGGACAGAGGACAUCCCCGGCACAUGGCAGGGACUGUAGUGGCUGUAAAUGUACACAACGACAACUGGAGUUUUGACAACAACCAAACUUUGGAGACAAACUCGCCAGUUUGCGCAGCACUUGUGAAUCCAAACUGCAUCUCUGGCAACACUGAAGAAAACAUUUUAAUCAGAAAUAUUGAGAGCUAUGGGCCUGAGUAUGCAGGGGACAUCAGGGGGACAGUAGGCUGUCUGCAGAGCCCGACGUUUUUCCCCACAGAGCUAGACAUAUGCGAAAUUAACAUGGCAUCCUUGUGCGCCACAGAGGGGUCACUUAGAUACCCUUUAGACAGUGAAGAUGAGGAUUACUAUGAUAAUGAAAUUCUGCCUUUUUAUGAAACUAUUAGAGCAAAAAGUGCUGGUGACAGAGCAGAGGUUGCAGAGCUGCCCCAGUCCGGUCAGGAUAAAGGACAGGCUGAUGACAGUAACAGUGCGCAGGAAACAGACAGGCUUAGGAACCAGCUGAAAGAGGCUUAUUAUCUCCUUAUCAAUGCUAUGAAUGAUAUCAACCUGGAUGUGCAGCAGAUUAGUGGUGGUUUAACCGAGCAGCAGGCCACCUCCUCCUGUAGUAGCCACUCCAGAGAUAGUCUGUGCUCAAGGUUGUCUGCCAAAAACAUGGACAGCGACUCCUGGUCCUCAGGAGGUGACCACAGCCCACAGCAGGUGUCUGACACUGACUCACUCCUGCUUUGCCUCACUGGAAACCUUGAGUCAGGCCUUAAAAGCAGGCUGAACAGUAAGAGCAUGGUGAACCUGUCCUUGGGCAAGAUAAGACCCACAUUACUGCGCUCUGCUAGUGACGGAGCUAUCAGGUAUCCAGGUGGACCCUUGCUGUGUAUUAAAGCUCCUGGAACACAAAGUCCAGAAACCUUUAGUGAUACAGGGGCUACAGAGCUACAAGCAGCUAAAGAGGGUAAAGGGGCUAAAGUCACAGGAGUAGGUGAGCUGUCAGACCCUCAGGUGCUUUACAAUGCCACCAGCAGUGAGGAGCUGCUACAAGACGCCGGCGGUGAGGAGGACCGUGGCGGGCAGCUCAACGUGAGCAGCAGCUCAGUUAACAGCCUCACAGGUUCUUCAGACAGCAAUGCUGAGGCCUCGUCACAUCAGGGUCACGACAACAAGCAGGAGCUGACCGGGGUCCGCGCACAAGGGGCCAAUUCAGUCAACAAGGGGCACGGCGUUACUGUCAACAAGAUGCAAGAGUGGAUGCACAAGGGGCGGUUGUUGUCUUCCGAGAUGAAGCAACGCAUUGAGGGCUCAUCGCCAUCUUUGCCUCGCAGCGGAGGCCAAAACCAGGACCAAGCUAACCUCGGGGGGUGUAAACCAGGGGUCCACACAUCCAGCCGAGGGGUUAAAUCUGUCAAGGCCAAGUCACCUACAGUCAAGUCACCACGGCAGCAGCAGCCAGCUUUCAUUGAGAAUGUCCAAACCCCCUGUGCUAACAGCCGCGAGGUGGGCAAGGCCAAUGAUAUUUCGACAUGGCGACCACAUCUCAACACCAUCACUGUCUCCAAGAAGCGCAACUGGCUGCAGCAGAGCUCCCUUGGGAGGAACCACUGCACCAAGGACGAGCUGCAGGGAAUGCUGGGAGCUGAGGAGGAGGGCUGCCAGUACUCCCAUCAGCUGCCUCCUCCUCCCAGUCCCUCCCCAGACCACCUGAGACCCUCAGGGGGAGCUCCUUCGCGGCCGGUCCGCCUGCACCUGCCUCAGGUCAGUGUCAGUCAGGCUCCUCAUCCUCGGAGUGUAGACCCAGCAGAGGAGAACGAUGCGGACGAUGAAGGAGAGAUCUGGUACAACCCGAUCCCAGAGGACGAUGAACCGGAGAUGUCCCACAGACCCUCAGUUCGGCUGCUCGUCCCACCUCGAGCUGAGCCCCAGAGGAGGCCCAGUAGGGGAGGAGAUGUGGGUCACAGUGGGAGGACCCUGGAGGGCAGCAGCGGCGCCGGGCCUGAGGCGCUCGGGGAAAGCCUCGGUGGCGGUGGCGGUACAGGAGAUGGGAGUCAGGGGAAUGCUGUACAUUCCACAGAGGCACUACAUCUGCACAGACAGAUGCUCGCGUGCAAACCUCAGGAGGAGGGGGGGCCUUCUACCAGUAAAGCCAAAGAUGGUCUUGACCUGCCCAACACCGUUGGCUUCUCCCCUCCCUCGAGCCCGAACCCUGCCAAGAAGAGCAGCUCCAUCAACUGGUCCUUUCCAGACAAGAUCAAGUCCCCGCGCACCGUCAGGAAGAUCUCCAUGAAGAUGAAGAAGCUCCCGGAACUUAGCCGUAAACUCAGCGUCAAGGGGCCAAGUAGCAGUAACAGCAAUAAUGGCAACGGUAGCAGCCAUUUAGAGCCCAGAGCUCACUCCUUCCGAAGCAACGGCAGCGGUUCGGAGGCUAACCCCCACUCUGCGGGCCCUCAGAGACUAGCUGCAUCUGGGGGCGGGCAGGCAAGGCGUAAUGUGAUCUCACGCUACCACCUGGACAGCAGCGUGUCCACACAGCACAGCUUCAGUAAGAAGAAAAGUGAUGGCAGCUCAAAGUCCGCCAGUAAAGGUGGCUAUCUUAGUGAUGGGGACUCACCGGAGCUGGUGGCCAAAUCUGGGAAGCACAGCUCUGCAGAUGGGAAGGGAGGGAAAGGUAAGGAGACAGAAGGAGGAGGCGGAAGCUCCAAACUCAGCGGCACAGAGUUGGACAUUGAUGCUUUCCGCCAUUACAGCUUCACAGAGCAGCCCAAGUGCAGCCAGUACAUCUCCGGACUGAUGAGCCUGCACUUCUACGGCGCCGAGGACCUCAAACCGCCACGCAUUGACUCUCGUGACGUCUACUGUGCCAUCCAAGUGGACUCAGUUAACAAAGCACGAACCGCUCUCCUCACAUGUCGAACUACUUUCCUAGAUAUGGAUCACACCUUCAACAUCGAGCUGGAGAACGCCCAGCACCUGAAGCUGGUGGUGUUCAGCUGGGAGCCCACGCCGAGACGCAACCGCGUCUGCUGCCACGGCACGGUGGUCCUGCCCGCGCUCUUCCGGGUGACACGUUCGCACCAGCUGGCGGUGAAGCUGGAGCCGCGGGGACUGAUCUACGUCAAGCUGAGCCUGAUGGAGCAGUGGCAGAACUCACUGGACGGUGGGCCAGAUGGAGACAGGGAGCCCCAGGUGUUUGGCGUGGAAGCGUGGCGGGUGGUGGAGCGAGAGGACACUGGACUCAUGGUGCCGCUGCUUAUAAGCAAGUGCAUCAAUGAGAUCGAGAAGAGAGGCUGCCAGGUGGUGGGUCUUUACCGUCUGUGUGGCUCCGCAGCCGUAAAGAAGGAGCUACGUGAGGCAUUUGAGAGAGACAGCCACAGUGUGGAGCUGUGUGAAAACACGUAUCCUGACAUCAACGUCAUCACAGGGGUAUUGAAGGACUACCUGAGAGAGCUGCCCUACCCUCUCAUCACCAAGCAUCUGUACGAGGCGGUGUUGGAGUCUAUGGCAGUGAGACCUCUGCGUAUCGGAGCGGGCGGCUGUGAGAACGACCAGGCCGACUCGGAGCACACCGUCAGCCUGCUGGAGAACCUGCCAGAGGUGGAGAGGAUGACACUGCGGAAGCUUCUUGACCACCUAAAGUUGGUGGCGUCCUACCAGGAAGUGAACAAGAUGACGUGUCAGAACCUGGCGGUGUGCUUCGGCCCGGUGUUGCUCAGCCAGCGUCAGGAAGCGUCCUGCCACACCAACCGAGUCUUCAUCGACUCUGAGGAACUGGCCAGCGCGCUGCACUUCAAAAAGCACAUCGAAGUCCUGCACUACCUGCUGCAGCUCUGGCCCGUCAUAGACCCAAAUGCUCAGUCCUCCUCUCAGACUCCUGCGGCCUCCUCUGACCUGAUGUCAGCUCCUCCUCUACGACGGAGAAAAGAGCGCCCCCAGGUACUGAACCUCAGCGAAGCAGAGAUGGUGGGCGUUCUGCGGCCCAAACCGGGGCGCCUGGACAGCCCGAGCAACCGCUACGCCGGCGACUGGAGCGGUUGCGGCGAGAGCUACUUCCCAUGUGAAAUGCUGCUGCCUCCCAGCAAAGAGGAGGCGGACUAUGACGAUGUGCCCUCCGAGGAUACAGAGGCAGCUGAGGAGAGGCAAGAGAAGCCUGAGGACACAGAGGAGGGUAAAGCGUCUGAUCCCGCCGAGCAGGAGCAACCUCUGAGAGAGGAGGCGGUGAAGGAGGAGGAAAAGCAUGAAGAGGAGGAGGAGGAGGAGGAGGACGAGGAGAAGCAAGAAGAGAGUGACGGUUCAGGCAACAGGCAGCUGUUGGAGGAAGAGGAGCAGGAGGAGGAGGAGGAAAGGGUGUGUGACCACAUCUUGCCCCCGCGGCUGCCCAAGGAGCACACCUACCAGGCUUACAUGAAGAUCCAGGAUAUCAGCCCCGUGCUAAGCAACAGGGUCAACCUGAGAGACCUGCAGGAGAGCAUCGAUACUCUGAUAGGAAACCUGGAGAGAGAGCUCAACAAGAACAAGCUUAAUGUCGGAUACUGACUCCUAUUACACACAUAUCUACUCAAACACUCUCACAAAGCCUGAUGAGGUUGGGGGAAGACCUUCUUAACCAAUCGAGGUGCUUCAAGAUAUAGCCACAGUGUUUCCAUGGAGAUCCUGCGAUGACAACACGGCAGCAUGGCACACGGUGAUGCUGUAAAAAUCUAAAGUAUGAGAUGAGAAGAAACUUAACUGGGCACUUCUGGUGUUUGUACCUUACCCAUAGACAUUCCUUCAUGUUUUUAUUUUCCUUUUGUUUUGUCGACUGUCUUACUUCAUGUUGUCGGUUUGUUUUUCAGUCCGGUUUUGUGUUCCAUGUUGUUAUUGUUGCUUCUCUUCUUAUUAGAAGAACCCAUUGACCCCUCAGGGGUUUAAAAGGUGCCUUAAUUGUGUGAAGGUGGUACGUCAAGAGGAAAAUACACCCUGAAACAUACUGCAUCCCCUCCUAUGAUCUUAAAAUCAACAACCCUCUCUGAUGUGAAGAAGAGUUGGGUGCUACACCUGCACUUUUCACAAGCUGGUGCUGUUUUCACAUUGAAAUAAGCUAUAGAAUUUUUUUUUUCUAGCAGGUACGAAUCAGGUAAUUACCUUGGUACAAGUUUGGUGUAAGUUUUUGAUCAAUCAUACUAAUAUCAGAGCACAGUUACUGGUAUAUAUUAUUUCGUGCAGAUAUCCAGUUCAUAAAAUUGACCACUUUCCAAGAUUCCUAUACGUGUCUUCUUGGCAUGUCUCUCUGAAGUAGCAUUUGGACAUGGAGCACUUCCACGUCUUUUCUGUGGUAGGAAAAAAUAUGGGGUGCAUUAGACCUUUCAAUUAAGAAUUAGUUUCCAACAAAAAUAUGUAAUUAAGCAAUUGAAUGAAUGAGAAAAUAUGCAAAGAAAACAAAACUUCGCUGCCAGAACUACGGACAAGGAAGGCUCCUCAUUAUUUCGACAGUGGAAGAAAAUUUGAAUUACUGAUCAGAACAUACAGUAGGUCUUUUGAGUUGAAUGGGAGAAAGUUUCUAGCUUGUAGUUUCAUCUAGUUUCUAGCUUGUAAACUCACUAUUUAUUAAAUUGAGGUGCUCAACAGCACUUCUAUAAAAUUGGGAGAGUCAUUAAGACAGAUUAAGAUCAGAAUGGUCAAAAUCCAAGCAACAAAGACUGAGAUAUCCUGACUGUUAGUCCCUAACGGAUCAGUACCAGUACUGAACUUCAUGUGUGAAAUCUGUGGAGUGCUCCUUUAAAGCAAAGAUCAUAGGAGAAGCAUGAAUACAUUCUGUUUUAGGGCGGAUUUCCUCUUUAAGGCAGCAGAGAGCUUUUCUAUUGAGGUAUGAAACACUAAAUGUUGUACAACAAUAAUGCACUUAUGAGGCAGGCAGUAGUGUAGAUUGUCAUUAUAGUUCAUGCAGUGAUAUUCUGACUGUGAACUGAAUUAAGGGAGAAAGAGCCGCCACUGAAACCUCCUCUUAAGGAUGAAUAUGAUAGAAAAUGGGUUUAACAAUUCAUUUACCUUGUGCUUUGUGUAAGGUUUUUCAAUGUUUAGACACCCAUCUACAAGCAUACACACACCUGUCAGAAUUGGAUACGAGAUAAGAGUAAUAGCACUCUUACAUCUGUUCACAGAAAGCUGUACAGUAGAGAUACAUUUGAUUUUAAGCAAGCAACUAAAAAGAGAGAACACGUGUUUCAUGUGGCAUCAUAUUCAGUUUACGCUUUAAAGGAGCAGUUUGACAUUUUGGGAACGUUGUGUCUCAGCUACAGCCAAGAGACGGUUAGCUUAGCUUAGCAUAAAGACUAGAAGCAGGGGGAAACAGCUAGCUUAUCGCUCCAUUUAAAUUUGCGAUUCAAAGAUGAUUCAAAAUGAUUUGAUUCAGUCAGUUAGAAUUUUUUCUUUAUAAUAAAUUUAUUAAUUGAUUAAACUGAUUGUUUUCUCAACUUUUAUUUCAAAUACUGAAUCAGAAAUAUCUUAGAAAAUGAUGUCCUCUGCCAUAUCAACAGCAGUGGGCAUUGAUAUACCUGAUCACUUUGUAGCUAGUCACUUCUCUCGCUAAAAUGCAGCUAACUGGAUAUUAUGCACCUCAGCUCCUGGGUCAGUGUUAUCCCUCUGAAUUUUGGGAUUUUUUGCUGUACAGGCACAUGUCCCUAUACAUAAAACAGCUUCAAGUUCGCCUUCAACCAGGAGAAGCUAGGGACCAGAAGUAGCAUUAGCUGCUAACGCUACCCGUAUUGUGUUGGCCGUCACAUAAACUGUCUCACACAGAGGCCUCAGGCACAGGAGUGCGAAGAGAGAAAUGGGUUCACUGGAUCAGUUUUAGACAUUAAAUAUACUUUUUUUCUGGAUUUCAUGCAGAAUUCGGAUCAGAUCUGCAUUUCUGUAUCAAUGUCGCAUAUUGUACAGGUUUUCCCAUACACACCUCUAGUCCAAAAGUAAAAAACAAAAUCUUCACCAGUACCUCUAAAGCUCACUAGUUAACAUAUUACAUCUCAUCUGUACAAAAACAGAAGUAUAAAAAUGAAAAAUUGCAGUUUUACAAGGUCCCUGGAUCCAGCUUCAUACCUAACCGACAGAUAUGAGAGUGAUAUCGAUGUUUUCAUCUAACUCUUGGCAAGAAAGUGAAUAAGUAUAUUUCCCAAAAUGUCAAACUACUCCUUUAAAAAAAAACAAAAACCCACCAACCAGUCACCCUUCUCGCUUCUCCCAGCUUUUUGGCAAAAACCGUGAAAUAGACGCAGCCAAAUGUGAAGCACAAUGUUCAGAGCAGCAGUGGAAACUGUUAGCACAGAGCUUCAGUUAGUACGACUUAGUUAGCUGCCUAAAUCGACAAAGGACGUUUUCAGCAAUCCAGGGAUUCAGAAUGAUCAGUAUUUAACCUAUAUGUAUAUGUAUAUAAUUAUAUAAAUGUAUUCGGAGUAUAUUAUUUUUACAGCUUAUAUUUCAAUGGCGUAUUUAAAUACUUCCGAUGACCUCGUAGUGUUGACUUGUAGCAAUAGUCGCUUUUCCUCCCUUCAAGCUACCUGUACACAUCUUAAUGUGCUGGACUAAUGGUACAACUUUAGCUGUAAAAUAUAUGAUAAAAUCGUGCUCUUGCAGAAAAAAGUGAUAUUGUUAUUUUUGUUAUUUUGUGUAUAUAUUUGACAUUGUUUUUGUCUCUGGUGGACUAAGCUGUGUUCAUGAUUUUUUGGUGUUUUUUUUUUUUUUGUUUUCUUUUAAAGAUACUGAACGUUGCAUGGUCAAAAGCUUUACUGACAUAAACAAGGCUAUUUCUCAUCUGCCUUUGUAUUUGAUAUUUAUGUGUAAAGAGACUAUUUUGUAAUGUAUGCUCAUUUGUUCAUCACCCUGCUCCUCCAAUAGACAGUCGGCUACAUUGUUGAAACUUUUCUCCAGAGGACUUAAAGACAGACAGUCAUUUAAUUUGGUGCAGAUCUGACUUUCAAAUUGUGUGUUUUCGGUCACACAUCCAACCCAUCUCUACACAAACACUGUUAUAAUAUCCAUCUCAAAUUAUCAUAUACCAUCUUACUUUAAAAAUCCGAUUUUUUUUAAAAAACAAAUGGAAAAAAUGUGAAAUUUUGAUUGACAGUUUCCCUUUUAUCUAAAUCAUAUCAGCAUUUUUGCAGAAUCAUCUUAAAUCAUAUGUUAUUUCUAGCAGAAGUGCAUUUUCCUGAUGCAAAACCAAGAGAAACAAGAGACAGCAGAAUUUAGACUAGAAAAUAAAUUCCUGGGGUUUGCCUUUUAAUUUAAUCAUUCAUUUUAUGUUUCCACUAUUAUUCCACUUACACUAUCCAACAUGCUAUCUGUGCACAGUCCUGCUGCUUCACGGUGAAGCUGUGGCUCACGCUGUCAGUCUGGUGAGAGGGACGUUCAGCAGGGAUCCUUUUAAACCAUCUGUCUGCCCAGGCAACACAAAAAGAACCAGGGUCACAUUUACAGUAUAGAGUCCAACGUUAGCAACAACAUUAGCUAUAUUUAGAUCUCAUUUAGAUUCAUUUUAAAAUGGGAAUCACCUUUAAGGUCUUUUUGCAUGGGAAUGUUUCUAAAUUGAGAUUUUUAGAGUUUAUCAGCAGUGAAACUGAGGCGGAUUUGUGCCUACAAAGAUGCAAUUUGGCUGUUAUUUUAUUUUUUGAUCAAUUAGACUUCUGGAUUCUUAUUAAUACACACACAAAAAAUUAGGACAGUAAUAUCAGAGGUCUGAUUUAUCAUCUCUCAGCUCCCUUCUGUGCUCUCAGCCACAACAUACAUCAGCUAAUGUUCAACUUAAUUUCAUUUUUCUGUGCUACAAUCUUUCUGUCUUGUCCUCUUUGUCCUUUGGAGAGAAAAUACCACAUGGAAAAACAUCACUAAACAAAACAGAAAAAGUGCAUUGUAUUGAUCCUGAGAAAUGUAUGGUCAUAAUAAAGUAUAUUAUUUUACAUUCA